AUUGUAGUACGUUGUUUUGAAUUCUUUUCUUGCUGGGGUGAGAAUAUUUAAUACAUUCUAUUGGCCACACCAGGCAUCUCUUUGAGAUCAUCAGCAUAUAUCGAGUCCACUGUCAUUUUCGAGAACCUCUACCUUUCUUUAUCAUGAUUCACGAAAUAAAUUUCCUUUGACGUUGACGUUAUCUUUGGGCGUCGACAGCGCCACUGAUGUGCGCUUCUACGUUGGUUAUCGAUGGGCGCUUGCGAAUCUGAUAAAUUCAUGAAACAUCUACCAUUCUUGGAGGAAGAGAUCAGUCCUGUUGAUAAGAAAGUUCCGAAGAUCACACUCAACGCGUACACUGAGACGGGCCGAGAAGGAUCGACAAUCCCAGUGUUGAAGCAACGAUCCUACACCGGUAUAAAGGUCAUACCAUCUGCUCUCGCCAAUACUCCAUGCACCACGCUCGGUAUCGUUGGAAUCCUGGACGAGUUCAACGCGACACUCGGCAAAUCAUAUAGACUAGACAGCCAUCCCACCCUGCACUCGUUCCUCAACUCCUGCAUCGAACGAAACUACGAUUUCGGGACCGCCUACGCCCAUUUUCGCUACAACUCGUCCUGGGUAAGAACCUCCACCAACUUGCACAAGGGGGAAGUGAAGGACGGAGAGAUGCGACGAGAUGCAGUGAUCCACGAUGGCAGGAUUAUCCGCCGGAAGUCCGUGCCUCCUCGGCGGAUAUGGGAUCUGUGUGCUAAUCGGGUGGUGCCGUACUGGGUCGCGAGCCGUGGCUCUCCGAUGAGUGUGCGCGUAGAGGGAAUAUCACAUGCGUGGAUGGAUGCUAAUGAUCGCAGGGACGUGUGGACCCCUAUCAAUGGAUGCGAGUGGCCCGUGCCCUUGCCGAACGACGCCGACCUCGACCUGAUCCGGAUAGAGUUAUUGAACCUCCUCGGAGUCCUCGGAGUGGAGUAUGUAUGGCUCGAUGUUCUGUGUCUGAGGCAGAAGUACGAUUUUAGGGAGGAUUACCGUGAGGAGGAUCUCCGCGGGGAGGCUCUCCGUAUCGACGAGUGGAAGCUCGACGUACCCACGAUCGGGUAUGUGUAUGAAAGCUCAGUGCAGAUGGUGUGCUAUCUCUGUGGACUAGGUCAGCCACUGAGCUGGGCACCAGCGUACUUGGUAGGUGAGAGGAGUUGGUUCAAUCGAGCCUGGACACUUCAGGAGACCAGAGAUAGAUAUCAACAUCAAGCGAUCAUCGCAGGUGAGACCAGCGAUGACAACACCCGAACGAUGUUCCGUAACAAACUGGAAUCAUUGCGGGAUGUGUUUUCAGCAAAAGACAUCAUAUUGCAGAUGCGGACACGGGUGUCGACGAAUCCUAUCGACAGAGUUGCAGGCUUGGUGUACCGUCUCAGGCUGCGGUAUAUCACGAUAUACGAUGCAAACCAGUCAGAGGAGAGCGCAUGGGAACAACUCGUUAACGCCAUGAUGUACUCUUUCCGUGCGGAUUUAUUCUUCUGCUACCCCGAGCCUGGGGACGGAAGAAAAUAUUGGCGACCAUCGUGCACACAGGUAAUGGACACGACAUUCCCGACUGAUCCUAGCAUCUGGUCGAGUAUUACCGGGUUUCUACAAAAUAAUGAGAAUCGAUCGAACUUUUUUUCGGCUGCCCAAUAUAGUAAUUCCCCAUCUUGGAUUCCACCAAAUGCAUAAGCACUGCGAAUUAUACCUUCCUGACGUACAACUGGGCUAUAUUCCUCCGAAUUAUCCAUCAAAGGCUCUGAUAUCACCACCCAGGCCUUUGGUUUGUGAUCCUCGUGAAUCCGCUAAUCUGGUCUGUCAAAUCCCAAAUCAGCGGUAUUUUCUUCAUCACUGCAGGCUCCAUUGCAUGACUU